UCAUUUACCCUUAUAAAUACCGUACUACUCAAAUCCAAGAUCUUCACAAUCCAAAGUAAGAAAAGGUGUUUGUAGUUUUUCUUUGAGUCUAGAAAAAUGAGUGCCUUCUCUUAUUAUGGAAAGAAGCUACAACAUCUUUGUAGGGGUUUAUUUCUGUAUGUUGCUUGUUUGUGUCAAUCAACAUGUUUCCUCAUUUCUUGCUUCCAUAAAUCCAUUCUAUUUAGAGUGCACAAGUUUUUUGUACAACUCUUUUACUUCAUCUUGAUUUCCCUUUUUGGUUUUUGGAUUCUUAACAUCUUGCAACCAAGGAGUGAUUUUACACCUAGGAAUUUAGACUUGUUUUUCACUUCUGUUUCUGCUGUAACUGUCUCAAGUAUGUCCACUGUUGAAAUGGAAGUCUUUUCCAAUUCACAACUUAUUCUUUUAACAUUUUUAAUGCUUGUAGGUGGUGAGAUCUUCACUUCCAUGCUUGGACUUCAUUUAAUUAGACCUAAGUUUAAGCCAUGGAGAAAAAGUAGCAAAAUUGAGUCUGUACUUAGUAGUACUACUUCUUCUCCAAGAAACUCAAAUUUUAGUAUCGACGAUAUUGAGUUGGACAUCGUAGUAGUACCUGAUUCCCCAAGACCCAAUGACUCAUCAGAAAAAGAUGAAUUUCAAGAUGAUUUUGGGUCAACAUUAGAUAGACAAACUCUCAAGUACCAAUCUAUUAAAUUCCUAGGGGUUGUAACAUUAGUUUAUCUUGCAGUCAUCAACAUUAUUGGUAUCUCAUCGGUUCUAGUGUACUUUGCCUGUGUUUCAAGUGCAAAAGAUGUACUAAGAAAUAAGGGGCUAAAAACCUUCACUUUCGCGAUUUUCACGGUUGUUUCAACCUUUGUUAGUUGUGGUUUUGUUCCAACGAACGAAAACAUGAUGGUAUUUAGCAAGAAUUCAGGCCUUCUUUUGAUUCUAAUACCUCAAGUCCUUUUUGGAAACACAUUGUAUCCAACAUUUUUGAGACUUUCUAUUUGGUUCUCGGGAAAAUUCUUCAAGAAAAAUGAAGCUAAAUAUUUGUUGAAACGUUCAAGAGAUAUAGGACAUCUCCACUUGCUUCCUAGCCAACAUUCAAGAUUAUUAGCGGUUACAGUGUUUGGAUUCAUUAUGGUGCAAUUCAUUUUGUUUUGCUCUUUAGAAUGGAAAUCUUCAGUUCUAAAUGGACUAAAUAGUUACCAGAAAGUAGUGGGAUCAUUGUUUCAAGUUGUGAAUGCAAGACAUACAGGGGAAACCAUUGUUGAUAUCUCAACUGUUGCCCCAGCUAUGUUGGUGGUGUUCAUAGUAAUGAUGUAUCUUCCUCCAUAUACAUCAUAUGUUCCAUUUCAAGGUGCUGAUGAGAAUCCAGAAGAAGCUAUUGGGGAAUCUAAAGGAAGAGGAAAAAUUGCAGAAAAUCUCAUACUUUCCCAACUUUCUUACCUAGUCUUCUUCAUUGUUCUUAUUUGCAUCAUAGAAAGGAAAAAGAUGAAAGAUGAUCCACUCAACUUUAAUGUGUUGAAUAUCACUCUUGAAGUCAUAAGUGCAUAUGGAAAUGUUGGUUUCUCAACAGGAUAUAGUUGUGAUCGGUUAAUAAAUCCAGAUCCAACUUGUAAGAAUAAAUCGUACGGAUUUGUAGGGAAAUGGAGUGAUGAAGGUAAAAUUAUUAUCAUUAUUGUCAUGUUUUUCGGAAGACUGAAGAAAUUCAAUAUGCAAGGGGGAAAAGCCUGGAAGCUCUUGUAAUUGGAUAAACGAAAUGGCACCCACUGCUUUUCGUGAAAACAUAAUUUGGAAGUACUAUACAUAUUAAUAUAGUAAUUUUCUGAAUGUCCCUUUGUAAUAUAAGAAAAAUAGCCAAAUGUAUAUAUUAUGCAAAUCUACUUCUGUCAUUUUCUAUUUUCUUUUUGUCAAAAAUGAAAGUACAUAUCUAGUUCUUUUUUUUUUCUUUGGUUGUAAUUCUCCUUUGUCCAAAUAAUAAAUUUCUUCACUCA